AUGGAAGCUGCCAUCGAAACAAUCGAGUACGACGUAGCAGAAGAAAACUACGACGAAUUCAUCGAGGUGCUCCGCACGGUGCUCGCCGAGUACGAACCCGUCGGCGACCGCCAGAAAGUGGUGGACUUCCACCACGCGCCGCACCCGGUACUGCCACGGCAACGCAGUCCUCACCGGCCGGCGCGGUGGAUCCACGUCACCCUGCUAGUCCGUAACGAGGGCCACGCAACGACCCUGGCAAUCCGCGACGACAACGUGUACCUCAUCGGCUUCCGGAACCGGCGGGGCCAGUGGUACGAGUUCGGCUUCGGCGGCGGUAGGAGCGCGCGGGUCCUCCCGGUGGAAUGGAACUCCACCUUCCUUGAGUGCGACGUCAGCUACGGCGGCAUCGUCGGCGGCGCCAUGAACCUGGUGGGGCUCGGGCUCGGCAGGUGGUUCGCCAGGGACGCCGUGCGCCGGCUCUCGGCCUACGAGCAGGCUCCGGCGGGCGGCGGAGUCGACGAACGGACCCGGCGGCACCUGGCGCGCCUCAUCGUCAUGGUCUGCGAGGCCGCCAGGAUGAUCCCGCAUUUCGAGACGGUGCUCGAUGGCUGGGACCGCUGCACGGGCGCCUUCGCCGAGCGGCAGGUGCACUUGCUGUGGAACUGGAAGCUCAUGUCGCACGCCGUGCUGCGCUGGGACUGGUGGAACAAGUACGGGAGCGGGACGCGGCGGUAUACGUAUACGUAUGUGUCGUCACAUCCUCCGGCAUGGCCCCCGGAGCUUCUAGCUCCGCAAGUUGAUGUCAGGAACGUGGGACAGGCACUCCAGGUAGUGCAGCUGCUGCUCAACUGGUCGGGCCCGAGGGCACUAGGGUUGUCGCAGCCGCCGCCACCACCUCAGGAUACGGCGGCAGACGGUGACAGCGGCGCCGACGACGGCGACAUCUUGAGGCACUGGAACGACGAUUCCACCAUCGCCCACGUCCUCGGGCAACAAGGCCACUGCAUGCUGGAGAUGUUCGGUAUGCACGCUGGUUUCUACAUGUGCGGCACCAUCUCGGUCUUCGACGGGAUGCGCGGGCAGAUCAUCUACAGCAAGGACGACAGGCCGGACGACGACGACCUUGGAAGAAGAACCAUGUUGGGCUCACUGGAUUACGAUGAUGAUGGUGACAGUGACACUCAUCAAUAUGGACGACAUUUCGGCGAGUGGAUGUUCGCCCACCUGCGCUCCAUCUAUGAUUGGACUGCACUUCCUGGCUGCUGGAGCCGCCACAGCCAGACCAAGACGAUCACCAGCAAGCGGGAGAACGGGUCGAUGCUGGGUCAAGAUCUGGUGCUCACUGGACCCUACAGGGCCAUCUCCUACUCCACGACAGAGACAGACUCCAACGUUGAACUUGGCAUCUCCACGACAGAGACGGACUACGUCAGAAUCGACAUCUCCAAGAAAGAUGGCCACCGCCGUAGCGACGGCAGGACGACGACGUCGCUGCUCUGGGAUUGCUACAACGACGACGCGAACUAUGCAGCCUACGACACGGUGUUGACGCGGACCAUCAGCACAAGCCAUGGGCCCUUGGAGGUGACCUACGCGGUGCUGAGUAACGCGGUGGAAGCCACCGUGCAGGUCAGGCUCCUGUUCGCUGCCGAGCAAGGCGCCGCCGGCGACAUCCUCGUCCAUGGCAGGAUAACUGCCAGGUGUCGAGAUCUCGAUGCCCAGAGCCUGCUCUUCUGCCAGGACGCAGAGGAGAGAGUGGCUGUCACCCGCGACUCCCACGUCCCCUUGUUGCGGUCCGUUGUUGCGGUGCCACUCACUUCGCACUCGCAGCUCCUUAUAGCGGCCGCCCUGCACACUUCGGUCGCUUCUUGUAACCACACGGCGGCUGAGGGUCCCCUCCCUGAACCCCUCGUUGCUCGUUUCCGCCCUGAACCCUCUGGACAGGAGGUGCAGCGUUUCGGCAUCGACAGCGGUCAGGUCGAAAUCAAGGUCAUCUGGGCUCUGGACUUGUGA